UAAAAUCAUCAAACAAGACAGGCCAGACCCUCAGCAACUGGCCUUUUGGGUUAGACCCAUCAAGUUAGAAAGUUCUUCGCUUUGAAUUGAAAACUACUAUUCUUAAUUCUCGGUCAAGAUUGAAUAUCGAAGAUCCAGAAGAGAACCUCCCUUGAACCCUGGGACACAUGGAGAAGAAGCAGGAGCAACAAAGCGGCCUUAAAAGUAAAAGAAAUGAAAGAAAAGCUGCUUCUGUGAAGAUAAUUGGGAGCAGCUCAAUCAAUGGGGACGAUGCUUCGAGCUUAGUUGGGAGCAUAGUCGAAAAGGGUAUUGUUUCAAAUGAUAAUAUUAGUAAACCCAUUCAACCGCCUCGCCUCUCAGUGCUUCCUUUCCCUGUUGCACGCCACCGCUCUCAUGGACCUCAUUGGGCUCCAAGAAGCAAUAAUAGAGAUAUUAUUGAAGAGGAUGAUGAAGAUGAAAGUGAAUCUGCUAACUUUGAUCCCAUAUCAGUUUUCGCUAAACCAGUGCAGAGGAAAGAGAAAAAGAAUUUGGAUCUCAGUUGUUGGAAAGAGGCAAUGCGGAGUGAUGAUUUUUCCAUAAGAAAGGGAAGGGAAGCAAACAAGUCAGACUUCAGGAAAACUGAAAGACAAAAGAUGGAUGGAGAAGCCUUGGGUGCACAUGCAGAUAUAGCAUCCAUGGAUGUAGAUAUAGAAUCACAUUUAAUUGCCCAUAGGCCUUCAGCUAAAACAGACAAAGCCAUGAGGAGUGAAUUGAGUGCUAGUUCAGUCACUGAAAUGGACUUAGAUGACUUACUUCAAUCACACCAGCAAGAGUAUGUUAAAGAUGCUAAUUCUGAAAACAUAAGUAGUGAAUCUGGAUCAAUGGCUAUUAAUGAUCAUGUCAUGGCAGAAAGAAUGUUCCAUAAUGAUAGUGCCCAAGCACAAUUCAGGAGAAUGGAGAAGGUAGAUACCACGGUGCUGAAACAAUUCCACAACUUAGGAAAUGAACAUGGGUCCAUGUCACUUGAGAGAGAAAUUGAUGCUGAGAAUCAAGCCCGAUUAGAAAACAUGUCACCUGAAGAAAUUAAACAAGCACAGGAUGAGCUUAUGCAGAAGAUGGAUCCUGCUUUACUGAACCUACUGAAAAAACGAGGGCAACAGAAAUUAAAGAAGCAAAAAGACUCAACCUCAAAUCUGGUUGCCGAUGGUGAACAGAGAAUUAGACAUGAAAAUCAGUCAAACAAUGAUAUAAAUGCUCAAAAUAUAGAGAGCAAUAAUCCCACAGUCACAACAAACUCAAACAUUACACAGAGCGGCCUUGACAGUGAUAUGGAGCAAGAUGUAAACCCUGUGAGUGGCAGCUUGUGGAAUGCUUGGAGCCAGAGAGUUGAGGCUGUUAGGGAAUUAAGAUUUUCCUUGGAUGGGACUGUUGUUAAAAAUGAUUUUGGCCACAUACCAGAGAUAAGUGGUGAAAAUGUUGCAGAACGUGACUUCUUGCGGACAGAGGGGGAUCCUGGCGCAGCAGGUUAUACAAUUAAAGAAGCGGUAGCACUCUCAAGAAGCACGAUUCCAGGACAACGGGCCCUUGCACUACAUCUCCUUGCAUCUGUGCUUGAUAAGGCAUUACAUAAUAUUUCUCUCAGUCCUGUUGGCUCUACUCUGACCGAUAAUAUCAUUGUUGAUGAUGCUGUUGAUUGGGAAGCCGUUUGGGCUUUUGCAAUGGGCCCAGAACCUGAGCUAAUCUUAUCGUUAAGGAUGUCUCUUGAUGAUAAUCACAAUUCCGUUGUUUUAGCAAGUGCCAAAGUUAUUCAGUGCAUAUUGAGCUGUGAUAUAAUUCAGAAUUACUAUGAUCUUUUGAAGAAAACAACAAUUGACAUGAAGGAUACUUAUACUGCUCCUAUAUUUCGAAGUAAACCAGAGAUUGAUGUUGGUUUUCUUCAUGGUGGAUUUUGGAAAUAUAGUGCAAAACCUUCAAAUAUUCUUCUUCAUGGUGAUGAUAUUGUGGAAGAUGAAACCGGAGGGAAGUAUACAAUUCAGGAUGAUAUUGUUGUUGCUGGACAAGAUUUUGCUGCCGGUUUGGUUAGGAUGGGAAUCCUUCCAAGGAUUCGAUAUCUUUUGGAGAUAGAACCAACAGCAACAGCACCUUUGGAAGAAUCCAUGGUUUCAGUACUAGUUGCAAUAGCAAGGCAUUCCCCAAUGGGUGCGAACGCAAUAAUGAAGUGCCAAAGACUAGUUCAAACUGUUGUUCAUCGAUUCACUGCAAAUAGCAGUAUGGAGGUUUAUCCGUCUAAGAUCAAAUCUGUUUGCCUUUUGAAGGUGCUAGCACAAUCUGACCGGAAGAACUGUGCAGAGUUCAUAGAAAAUGGGAUUUUCCAGGCUAUGACAUGUCAAUUGUACUCUCUGGAACAAUGGUUGAAAUUGGGAAGAGAAAAUUGUAAACUUUCAUCUGCUUUAAUGGUUGAACAACUACGUUUUUGGAAGGUCUGCAUUCAGUAUGGAUAUUGUGCAUCAUACUUCUCCAACAUUUUUCCAGCCUUGUCCUUGUGGUUGAAUCCCCCUAUAAUUGAAAAACUGGUUGAGAACAAUGUUUUAAGUGAAUUUGCUUCCAUCUCUGAGGAGGCAUACCUUGUUCUAGAAUCCUUGGCCAGAACACUUCCAAAUUUUUAUUCACACAAGAUUCUAAGUGAUACCAUACCUGAGGGAGCCGAUGACAAUGUGGAAACCUGGUCUUGGAUCCAUGUUGGGCCAAUGGUUGAUUUAGCUGUUAAAUGGAUAUCAUUUAAGUCUGUAUUGAUUGAUUCUCAGGAUGGAAUAAUGGGGAACUCUGUUCUCCACGAUAAAUCUUCCUCUCCCUUAUUAUGGGUGUACUCAGCUGUCAUGCACAUGCUUUCCAGAGUGCUUGAAAAAGUGAUCCCUGAAGAUGCCAUGGACCUCCAAGAAGGCGGUGGUCACGUGCCAUGGUUGCCAGAUUUUGUUCCUAAGGUUGGACUUGAAAUUAUUAGAAAUGGUUUUUUGAGCUUUACACAUGUGAACGGUGCAGAAUAUGGAAAUAAACUGGCUGCAGGUAGUUCUUUUAUUGAGCAACUCUGUUAUUUAAGGAAGCAAAGUGAAUCCGAAACAUUAUUUGCUUCUCUAUCUUGCCUUCAUGGCUUCUUCCAGGUUUGUAUAUACAUUGACAAUUUGAUCCAGUUAACAAAGACUAUGGUCUGUAAUCCUUCUCAAGAAUACUGUUUAUCACAUGAAGAGAACAUACUUGCAAAGGGGAUACUGGUGGAAUCUUUGUUUGAAUUGAGAUGUGUGUUUGACAUUUUCUCGAAGUUAGUAGCAUCAGAGUGGCACUUUGUGCAGUCAAUCGAGAUUUUUGGUAGAGGCGGCCCUGCUCCUGGUUUGGGGAUUGGAUGGGGUGCCUCUGGUGGAGGAUUUUGGUCGAAAAUUGUUUUAUUGGCACAAACAGAUGCAUGGCUGCUCAGUCAGUUGCUUGAAAUCUUCCAGAUUACUUUUACAGAAGUUUUAUCCUUAAAUGAAGAGAGGACCUUUACCAGGGAGAUAAUCCUUUCUGCUUUAGGAUUAUGUUUAAUUGCUGGACCAAGAGAAAAGGUCAUUGUGGAGAAAGCGUUGGACGUUAUGCUUCAAGUACCGGUGCUAAAGUACCUUAAUCUUUGCAUUCAGCGUUUUAUCCAGGAUAAGGGGAGUAUAAAAUCAUAUGGGUGGGAAUAUAAAGAAGAGGACUAUAUUCUCUUCAGAGAGAUAUUAGCUUCUCACUUCAGAAAUAGAUGGUUGUCUAAUAAGAAAAACUUGAAAGCCUCGAGUGUUGAUAAAACAUCAAGGGGCAAUGUUCCUCUGGAAACCAUACCAGAGGACCUGGACACAUCAAAGAUGAGUCAAGAUCAUAACUGCACUUCAGUGAUGGCGGAAUGGGCCCACCAAAGACUACCGCUUCCCAUGCACUGGUUUCUUAGUCCAAUAUCAACUUUAUGUGCUAGCAAACAUGCUGGGCUAGGAAAGGCCUCUGAUAUACAAAAUAUUAUGCAGGACCCUGGUCAUAUACUUGAAGUUUCUAGAGCUGGAAUGUUUUUCCUUCUUGGUUUGGAAGCCUUGUCCGCUUUCUUGCCUGCAGAUGUUGUAUCACCCAUCCAGAGUGUUCCGGUAAUCUGGAAACUGCAUUCAUUAUCCAUCAUAUUACUCGUUGGAAUGGCCAUGCUUGAAGAUGAGAAGACUAGGGACGUUUAUGAGUCUUUGCAAGAGCUGUAUGGACAACAUCUUGAUGAGAAAAGGUCUCAGGGAAGACUUGAAACUACUUCAAAUAUGUCUACCAGUUUAACACCAGAGACAGGAGAAAAACAUAGUGUGGAGUUUCUGAGGUUUCAAUCAGAGAUUCAUGAAACUUACUCAACAUUUAUUGAUACUCUUGUUGAACAGUAUGCUGCUGUAUCUUUUGGUGAUUUGACCUAUGGUCGGCAAGUUGCAGUAUAUUUACACCGUUGUGUCGAAGCUCCUGUGCGACUUGCUGCCUGGAAUGCAUUAUCUAAUUCUCGUGUUCUUGAACUUCUUCCACCAUUGCAGAAAUGCCUGGGAGAGGCUGAAGGAUACCUUGAACCUGAGAAUGAAGCAAUUUUGGAGGCUUAUUUGAAGUCAUGGGUGUCUGGUGCCCUUGACAAAGCUACAACUCGAGGAUCAGUUGCAUUCACAUUAGUUCUGCAUCACCUUUCAUCUUUUGUUUUUAUCUCUAACAAAAGUGACAAGUCGUUGCUACGGAAUAAGCUUGUGAAGUCCCUACUGCGAGACUAUGCCAGGAAGAAGAACCACGAGAGAAUGAUGCUGCGGUUCAUCGGAUAUACAAAGCCAUCGAAAGUUCCGGUGCAGAGGAGCGAUGUAGAGGAAAGGUUGGAAAGGCUGAGGGAAGCUUGCGAGGGAAAUCCCUCGCUUCUGACAGAAGUUGAGAAAGUCAAGUCUUGUAUGAAAGAAUAGUUGUAACAACAUUUUUCCUCCUGCAAACCUAAAACAUAUGUAUAUAAGAAGAAAAACACUAAUGUCAUGUUUGGUGGUUGGGAGUGUUACUUUUAUUUUAUGUUU